AUGUCUUAUCGGGGUAAACAGCAACCUGGAAGAGGAGGUCCUCCACCUCCUGGAAUGGGUAUUCCUCCUCAACAAGUAGCAGUGCCACCACCAGGUGGAUUUAAUGCUGGUGUACCAGUUCCUCCUGGACCUGCUGUCGACCAACAUUAUCUUCGCAAACCAACAGACCUUAAUUUGCCAGACAAGAUUGAGAACGUGAUUCCCGAGGCAAAAUUGUAUACUGAUUUACAGGAUGCCGAGCGUCGUUUGGAUGCUACUAUCAGUCGAAAAAAGAUGGACCUGCAAGACACGAUCGCAAGAAGCAUCAUGAAAACCAAGACGUUACGCGUAUUUAUUUCUAGCUCGGUCUCUGACCAGCCAUGGCAAACUGUUCCUCAAUUGAACGAAAACUCUUUUGAUUUCAUGGACUCUCAAAAUACUCCUCUAUGGAAUUUACGUAUUGAAGGACGGCUAGUAGACGAUGUAAGUUACUCUACCCAUGCUCGUGAGGUUAGGCAUGAUAUGAUAUUCACAGUAUCCUCACUGAGCUUUUUCUAUCUUGGCUUUUGA